GUCUUUAGAGCGGAACAUACUGGAUUAGUGUACUUACCCACACAUUUCAUCAUGUAUAAUCCAUUGCAGAUAUUAUAUAUUUUAAACAUCUUCUUGCUGAGUCAGGCGACUUACCAUUCCCACACAGCUUGUAGUACUAUUGGCUCAUUAGAGGGAGUUAUCGAAUCUCUGUCAUCCACUGUGACUGAACUAACAGAAAUCGCUAAACAAAAAAUUUCUAUUUUAGAAGCUCCUAUUUGCUCCAACCAUGACUUGUUUUGCAAGACUACACAUUUCUCCAGCAAGAUAACAAAAGAAGAAACUUCUCUACCAAUAGACUGUUCCACUAUCUAUAAGCAAGGAAACCAAACCAGCGGAAUCUACGAAAUUUGGCCACAGUUUUUGAACCAUCCUAUUUCUGUUUUCUGUGAUAUGGAGACUGCAGGUGGAGGAUGGACGCUUCUUCAAAGGAGAGGAGACUUUGGUAAACCUGUUGAAAAUUUUUUUAGGACAUGGGCGAGUUACAAGAGUGGUUUUGGAAAUUUGUCCAGAGAAUUUUGGCUAGGAAAUGACGUCAUAUUUGCUUUGACAAAUCAAGACAGCAUGGUACUUCGUAUUGACCUUGAAGAUUUUGAAGGUGGCAAAAGAUAUGCAGAAGCUGAUGAAUUCUUGGUAAAAAGCGAGAGGGAACUGUACAGAAUGAGUUUCAAAACGUACAAGGGUGACGCAGGUGACUCACUUACAGAACACAAAAACAUGCCGUUUAGCACCACAGAUAACGACAAUGAUAAGUGGGGCAAGAACUGUGCGGAUUUCUACAAAGGUGGGUGGUGGUAUAACGCCUGUCAUCACUCCAACCUAAAUGGUCUCUACCUUCGAGGAGCAAAUGAGAAGAAGGGUUCUGGCGUUAACUGGUAUCAGUGGAGAGGACAUGAAUACUCAUUGAAGAUAAGUGAAAUGAAAAUACGACCUGCUAGUUUUAAGCCCUGAGAUGACCAAUCGAAGUAACCUUUAAAAAGCAAAAACAUUUUUUUUUGUCUAUUUCACUGCCAACUUGAAUGAAGCAUUUGCUUUUCGAAGAGAUAAAAUGUGCACACAAAAGUAUUAAAGCAUAUAUAUUGUUUUAUCUGUAAUACGUUGGUGUAAAGUUGUUUUAUUCUUUUUCUGAUAAAUGUAUGAACAAAUUUUUGAAGCAUAUCUUUGUAAUUAAUUUUAUGCAAGUCAGCUUCAUGUGCAUUUGUUUAACUUUACAAACAAUAAAAAAGAUUA